UGCAGUUCCUAUGGCUCAAUACUGAAAUUUGUGCAUGAAAAAGCUGUCUCAACCAGAUCGAAAGCGAGAAUGAAGAGGAAGCGCUCCGGUAGCGACAGUCGGGCUCCCCAAGGUUUGUGUGUCGUUUGUCAACUGCCCGGUGUCCGGAGGCCGUAUGUGACCUACUGGCAAAGCAACGUCAUUUCGCUACGCCAUUAUAAGGGGCUAAUAAUAACACUCCAGCGCAGAGCAGCUAAACUGUUGAAUAAAGAGCUACCCCAAUUGCAGGCCUACCGGUACUUUUUCAAAUGUGAAUCAUCCGACUUUCCUCCCGGUGUUGUAUACCAAGAAUGCUGCAAUGAUGAGGCAUUUGUCCCUCAGUGGAGAGGAAUUGUGUGGGGCAAAAUGGAAUUGAACGAAUCCUCUCCAUCUUAGCCGUUUGGCACAAUCAAUUCCUCAAGGUGUUCCAGCUCAUUCAUGUGACAGUGUGCCAGUAGUACCGGUAGUACGCUUUCUAUGUAAACAGUGUGAUUUUUAUUCCUGCCUAUUACGAAUACAAGAUGAGGAGCUCUUUGUUCUGGUGAAAACGAA